AUGUUUUAUUCCGCUAAUGGCUUCACUGAAGCAGACCGACGAGCAUCAACCGCCGAAGAGAAUGAGUUUCUUCGAGAGCUCCUGCUCGAUGGUGAUUUUGCGUCGCCACGACAACUCCAGUCCACGUCAGCGACGUCACUCGAUGAAUGUUUCGACAACAGUAACCCAGCUUCAACAUCAGGACCCUUCAAGCGCAGCAGUGAACAAAUGGACGUCUCGUUCUCGCAAAUUAGCUUCGACAACCAGCCAUACGUUACACGCUUGCAGCCAUUGUCUAGCCGUGCCUGUGCAGACUUGUCGAUGCCAGACCAGUCGCCACGUUCAGCUGCUGCUGCCAACGCAAUCGUCUCGCCACCACGCGUAUUCGUGCAGGAGUUCGCGUAUCUUUCUCAACCGUUUUUCCAUGACAACAUGUCAAGCGAUACCGACAUGCGUGAGCUGAAACCCGAGACAGCUACAGUGUCCUUCCUGACAUCAUGUCUACCUCCAGCGCCGCUACCCAUGUUAUCGAUGCCGCCUUUCAAGAAGAUUAAAAUGCUCGCUGCCACCCCUGCAACAAGUAACGAGAAUCAGCAAGUGCGCUGCAUUUAUCCGGACUGCCCUAAUCUUCGUCGGUCAGCAGGCUUUUGCAAUCGCCACAGCGGCAAGAUGUGCAGUAUAUCAGGCUGCAUCAAGUCUGCGUUGAGUCGCGGAAAGUGUCCCGAGCACGGCGGCGGGUCGCGUUGCAAGAGCGACGGAUGCUCCAAGUUUGCCCAGACCCGCGGACUGUGCAAAUCCCACGGUGGCGGCAGGCAGUGCAAUGUCAGCGGCUGCACGAAGAACGCGCACCAGAACCGAUUGUGCCGUUCGCAUGGUGGUGGCAAGCGCUGUGAUUACUUCGGAUGUCCUAAGUGGGCACAGCGUUCAGGAUACUGCUGUGCUCACACCAAGAUGAGUUCCGCUGACAAUGCAGCACUACGUGUCGAUUGCCAACGCUCAUUUGCCAACAUGCCUGCGUCUGCGUCAUCGCCGACGUGGCUGUCUCCGCAUCGUCUUUUUUCGUUACUCCCGUAA